GUCAACCUUUUGUUUACAAAAUUGGAAUUGCAUUUAAAAUCAAAGUUGUCGAUGGGAAUGGCCAGACAAUAGUGUGACGAGAAUAUUCCUCCAUUUUGAAUUAGAUCGAAAGAUUCAGAAACACAUCUUGGAGAGUAAAAAUGAACCCAACAGAAAUGCCAGCUACAUUCGAAGAUGCCACAUCAAAUAUACCGAAAAAGAAAGUUAAAACAAAAGAGAAGAAAGUCAAGGUACCAGAUCCAUCUGUUAAAGCCUUGAAAAGAAUUCAGGCAGAUGUUCGCCGUGAAUUGAUCAACUGUGAACCAGGUGAUGAAUUGGAAACGUUGGUUCAAACGUUGCAGCAUAACGCUCACGGACAGCAAGCGAAGAAAGAUGUAUUGGCAGCAUUUCGAGCCUACUAUCCAUCAGGAAUAUUUAAAGACGAUCAACUGCAUCUGUUCGGUUCGACGGUGAUGGGACUUGCAUUUAAGGAUUCGGAUUUGGACUUCUACGUCGAACUACCAAACUGCGAACAGCACAGAUCCAAGAAGGCUCAGCUUAAAGUGAUUCGGAAUAUUCUAGAGUCCUCCAAAGAGUUUGCCAAUUUUGAAUCGAUUACAAAACCACGCGUUCCAAUUAUAAAAUGCAUUCACCUUGGUACACCCACUAACUGUGACUUCAACUGCUCCAAUCGAUUCGGCAGUCUUAACAGUCCGAUUGUUGCGCAUCUUUUAAACUUUGACCAUCGCAUUCACAAAUUGGCCAUCAUCAUAAAAUAUUGGACGAAAAUCCACGAUUGUGCUGGUGUAAAUCGCAUAUCGAACUAUGCUGUCGUGUGGAUGCUGCUAUAUUAUUUGCAAACAUUGCCGCAACCGAUUGUACCGCCGAUCCAUGUAUUUCAGCGAGAUGUACCUCCAUCAAUGGUUUCGCAUUACAACUUUGCUUUCGACUAUUCGAUACCGAAUCAAACGGAAAACCAAAACCAAUGGCCGGAGUUACUGCUUGGUUUCUUCAAAUUUUACCGUGAUUUUGACUACGAUUCGCAAUUGAUUUGCCCGCUGUAUGGCAAAACAUUUUCCAAAACGGAUGUUAAGGCGAAAAAGGUAAUCGAACUGCAACGCUAUGAGCGAAUUUUAUCGACCGAUCGUACCGAGAAACCAAUACGACUGGACAGAAAAGCUCUGUGCAUACAAGACCCAUUUGAGAUUACACGUAAGGUUCCCGGCGAUAUUUCGAUCAAAAACUUUCGAAAGAUCGUUUCGAAAAUUGGACGCGCAGCUGAGAUCGUUGAAUGCGAACUAGAAAAGGGUGACAUAAAAUCGCUGUUUCUACAAAUAUUUGACGUUGCCAAAUUCGAUCAGUAUGUUAAACAGAAGUUCAUCCAAGAAGAAUUGGAGAGACGGUCGAAUGUGGCCAAUGAAAGUAAAGAGAAAAAAAUGAUAAAACAACACCGCAAAGUGGUACAACAAACGAUUGAUACGGAGCGCAAUGAAUGUUCGUCGAUGCCGAAUAUAUCGAUCGCAUCAAUUGUUCCCGGAAAUGAAGACCUUGGAAAAAUCACAUUGCAGUUAAAACCGACAGAUUUCGUUUUGAAUAAGAUCGACAAGCACAAGAUCCAAAGAAAAUGGGCUAAAGAAGUCAUCGAGAUGAUUGGCGAUGUAGCACGGGACAUUUUUUGUUUAGACUUACACGACAAAGCUUCAGAUGAAUUUGCAAAGAAAUUCGAUUUGGUUGGAGCGCGUAAUGUAUUUUUGAACCGAAACACAGAAUCUUGUGCUAAAACAUGGAACGAAGAAGUGAUUGACUCGACAGAUCGUUUCAAUCAACCGUCGGAGAUUAUUCCUUUGAGUAUAUCGGUUGAGAUCACCGCCGAUGUGAAUUUUGAUUAUGUUUCCGUUGAAUUCAAUGAUGAAAUCAAGGCGAAAACGAACAAUUUCUACGGAAUAUUCUGUGCGCAUUUCGUGGAGCAUAUUGACUAUUUUCUCAAAAUUUAUUCCGUUCGUCGUAAUAAAACGGUCAAAUCUAACAUUGCCAACGCGAGUCGAGCAACAGUUAAAAUGACUACUAAACCAGCAGCACAACAUUUGUCGAAAUUAUCGAUCCCACCGAUUGUCUCUCAAAAUUCACAAAGUUCGACAACCACAUUACAAUUGAAACCAAACGAAUUUACAUUGGCCAUGGUUCGUGGUGUAUUGCUGAAAAACGACAAGUGUAGUAACGGAGCCGCCAGAAGUGAAUCAGUCCAAGAAUUAUGGGCUCGAGAAGUUAUCAAAAUGAUUGCCGACAUAUUAAGCGUCAUUUUCCGAUUCGAACUGCAGAAUGAUAUAUCCCACGCCUAUUUGCGUAGGUUCGAUUUAACCGGAAUGGGGGAUGCGUCUGAUCGAAUAUUUUUGCGGCGAAGUCAGAAGAAAUCAGUUGGUGCCGACACAUGGAUCGACGAAAUGAGAGAUUCGUCAAAUCGUUUCAAUUCGAAAUCAUUGCUUGAUGUUCCGUUAAAAGUAUCGGCUAAAAUCGUCGCUGAUACUGAAAAUUUUGAUUUUGUUUCCAUUGAAUUCAUUGAUCAAAUCAAGACAAAGAAACGAAAUUUCUACCGAAUAUUCUGUAGGCAUUUCAUUGAUCGUAUUGACUAUUUUCUGAAAGUUUAUUUUGUUCAUCGUAAUGAAAUGGCCAAAUCUGCCACUGGAAAUUCAAAUCCAGCACAAAUGAAACCAACCCCAGAAUCAACAACACUGGAAAAAUCAACUUCGGCGUUACCGUCAAGCACUACAAUUGUUUCUCAAAAUGCACAACAUCCGAAAGACACACUCCAGUUAGAGCCGACCAAACGUAUGCUGUUCGUCAUUAGAGAUAUGCUUUCAAAAUCCGUGAACGGCGUUGACAAUGUAUCAGUGAAACAACACUGGGCUGAAACAGUCAUCGAAUUCACUGCGCAAAUACUGAGCGACAUUUUCAAAUUAGGAGUUCAUCCCAAGACACACGAUCGAUUCCAGAAAAUGUUUACUGUGAGCGGAGCUUGUGAUGUCUUUUUCGCACGAAAGCAGCAAAAGCUAAUUGAUGGUAACACUUUGCACCUUGAGCUGCAUGAGACUAUGUACCGUUUUGUUUGCUUCACAAAACCUAUGGUAAUGUUCGCUAAAAUUUCAACUGAUGUUAAAAAUUUCAAUUCGGUUUCCAUCGAGUUCAGCGAUGAAUUGAGAACAUGCGACGACAAUUUCUAUAAAACAUUUUGCCAACAGUUUAAAGACAACAUUGACUACCUAUUGGACGUUUAUUUUGUUCAUCGACAUGAAAUGAUUUUGAUGUCAGACACGCUCCAAUGUAAAUUCGUUAAAUACGAACCACCCAGCGAUUUCUUGUAAUUAGAUACAUUUACAGCAUAAAAGCAU